AUGGAAAGUUCCAGAAUUUUCGAUGAUCUCCUAGAAGUUCGAAGUCAAACGGGGUUCUUCUUCCCAUUGUGUUCCAAAUCAUUCCAUCAGAAAUACGGCGAACAAGCGUGUGCAUCCAUCUCCAAUACAUUUUCGUCAUAUUCUGAAAUUCCUCUUCAACAAUAUACAUAUUCCAUCGGAUGCACAUCUUCCAUAUGUUUCACUUUUCUAUCAGCGUUCUGUAAAACUGGCAUCAAAGUUUUCUGCUCAUCCAGCUUAUGCGCUCCUGGAACUCUUCAAGUCGGCAAUAAAUGUCUCUCAAUUUCCACAGUUCCUGUUCAAGGGUAUUCAGAAGCAAAGGAUUACUGUAGUCCAUAUUCUCUUAUUUCCUCACUAAAACCAUCAGAAAUCGAGUCGAUUCGAGAAACCAUUUUGCCAUCGUUUACUGAUACACGAUCCUUUUUGACAUCCGGUCUUCGGCAGGGAUCCACUUGGAAAUGGGGAAAUGGGGAUACGGUAGAACAAGAAAUUUCUGGAACUGGUCGUUGCUUGGCUUUCCAAUCAGGCGUUUUAGUCGCAUUUGAUUGUGAUACUGAAGCGUACGUAUUUUGUGAAUCUGGAAGAGAAUGUGUUGGAAGAAACACGGAAUAUUCUGGAACAUCUAAUCGAACAUCGGAUGGACAAGGAUGUCUUAUGUGGAAUGAUCCGGCUGUUUUGUUUCAGAGAGACUCGGAUUUCGAGAUUUGGAAUCACAAUUUUUGUAGAUUCAUAGAACAGGAUGGAAGAAAAUCCCCAACCCCUGUCUGUUAUUCAAAACCUCAUCAACUAUCAGAAUGCAAUAUUCCGAAUUGUCCUGAAAGUUUGAACGAUGCGAUUGUCCUGGAAACAGGAGAUAGUUGCCCAAUCGGCUCAUUUUCGUGUGAUAACGGAUCGAAAUGUAUCUCCGAGAAGUUUCAAUGUGACUAUGAAGUGGAUUGUAACGACGGGUCAGAUGAACAGAAUUGUGAAGAUUAUCUUCAGAAUUAUGAACUAAUUGGUGCUUAUCGAUUAGCUGAUAGUAUCAUAGAAGUCUGGACAUUUAUUCCUCAUGUUCAAGGGUGCGCUCGAAAAUGUCGCGAAAGUCUUCUGAUGUGUGAAGCAUUCUCCUAUGAGCCAAAAACGCAAACAUGUCUUCUGACGGACACUUCCCAAACAUAUUCAAGUCUCGCCCGAAAAAUCACAUCAUUGUAUUAUCGACGUCGUUUCUCUUCAAAAGACGUGACGUUUGAGGUAGAAGAAGAUACAGUUAUGUAUGCGACAAAAAACUCGAAAAAAGGUCAAGUGUGCAAUGAGAAUUUUAGCAGAGAGAAGCUAUCAUCUAUAUGUAAAAUACUAGGAUUCGGAGACCCGAUUUAUAUUGUGGAAUCACAUCCAACCGAAUUGUUUUUGGAGCGGGAGUCUCUGCCUCAGUCUUCUGCUGAUUCUUCUUCUUCCCGCCUUUCUUCUUCGCUUUAUUCCGGAAGACCGGUGGCGGCUCUUCGUCUGCCGACCUGGAAUCUCUCAUGUUUAAGAGAGCCCAAUUGUACAUCAACUAUCGUUUCUACGUGUCAACCAUCAAGUGAGUGUUCUCGUUGCCAAGAAGCUGCAUGUGGAGAUGGAUCUUGUAUCAGGUCCCGUCAACUUUGCGAUGGAUCUAUAGAUUGUAAAUCAGGUGACGAUGAGAGUGAUUGUACGGCAAGAUCCUUCCGAUUGACGAAUGGAUCAGACACUCGUGGAUAUUUGGAAGUUCUAUUUCGAGCUAAAUGGGAGCCACUUUGUGCGGAUCAUUUGGAUGGGAAUAGAGCAAAUUUGAUAUGUAACGACAUGAGAUUGGGAGAGCAUGGGUCUCUUCUCUCAACAAAUAUCUCUAUUUCCUCUGGAUUCGACGUUAUCUGUGGUUCUGAAUGCAUUCUCCGUAGAUCAUCUUCUUGUACCCGUCUAGCCAGAAUCUCAUGUAUUUCUCAAAAUGGACUAGCUUCCGUUUCUCAGUGCGGUCAUCGUUAUGUCGAAGUCAAUGCUCGGGAUGCAGCUAGAUCUCGGAUCGCAAGAGUUGUCGGAGGGUUCGAAACAGUUCCAGGGGCAUUUCCAUGGACAGCUGCAUUAAGAAAUAAGGAAACAAAAGCCCACCAUUGUGGAGCAUCGAUUCUUGAUCGAACUCAUUUGAUAACAGCUGCGCAUUGCUUUGAAGAAGAUGAAAGAGUAACCUCUUAUGAAGUGGUUGUUGGAAAUUGGGAUAAUAACAAAACAGAUGGAAAUGAACAAGUGUUCAAUUUACAGAGGAUUAACUAUUAUCCACUUUACAAGGACAUUUUCUCACAUGACAUUGCUAUUCUAGAAAUCCCAUACCCUGGAAUAGAAUUCAAUGAAUAUGCCCAACCAAUCUGUCUACCUUCAAACGAUUUCAUCUACACACCAGGAAGACAAUGUGUGGUUUCUGGAUGGGGAAGUAUGGGACUUCAUUAUGCUCAACGUCUUCAAGCUGCUCUAAUUCCAAUAAUCGAUCGAUUCGAUUGUGUAAACUCAUCUCAAAUCUACACUUCAAUGUCGAGAUCUGCAUUUUGUGCCGGAUAUCUGGAAGGUGGAAUCGAUUCGUGUCAAGGAGAUUCUGGAGGUCCGUUUGCUUGUCGUCGUGAGGAUGGAGCAUUUGUUUUGGCGGGAGUUAUCAGCUGGGGAGAUGGGUGUGCACAGAAGAAACAACCGGGUAUUUAUACUAUGGUGGCUCCAUAUCUCUCAUGGAUUAAUUCAGUUGUGAAUGGAGGAACUAGGUAA